AUGUUCGUCGACAUGAAUUCUCGCCUGCGCUACUACUGGUUGUUCCUUCAACUACUCUCUUUACUGUUGGUACUCGCUAUAAACAAAAUCAGUAAGUUAGAGGUUUCAUUUCCAUCCUCUCUUAAGUAGAUUGUUGAUCUAUUUCAUCCAUUGUUUUGGAAUAUCAUAAAACAUAAAUUUUUACGACUUGGUUGAUCACUUGAGGAGUUAGUCGUAAAUUAAUGAAAAUACUUACCGUACCUACGUUACAGUUUUAGUUACACUAGUCCACUACAACUCGUCGCGUUACCAAUUAUUAACUGAUAAGCAAAGAUAAUUGCUGAGUCCCCAAAAGGCAGCUAAUAUUUAUCCGGCAGACGAUCUUUCACAGUGUAGUAAGCCUUUGACGACUGUUUUCAUUUCUGAUCCGUACAGCUUAUAGGCAGGCACAAUUUGUUCACUAAUAUCUUUACUUGUAUUCCAUAGGCGGUGAUGCACCGCCAAUUGAUUGUCUUUAUGUUUCGCACCAAAUUGGGCAAGACACACUUCAAUGCGGUUCUCGGACCGAACCGUGCCAAACGUUGCCACAGGCAUUGCUGUUGGUGAGGGAUGGAGGAAAGAUCUGUCUGGACGGAAGGAACAGUGAGAUACAUCCUUACAGCUGUUUUUUCAGAGGAAGUGUUUGGAAAAACCUUGGCAAAAGUGUGGCAAUAUUCGGUUUGAUCACAAAGGCGCACAUUACAUGUGAUCCACAGUAUGGCAAUCUUAUUUUUAGAUAUCCUGAGAAUCGCCUCUUUGAAUUAACUCUCUCCAACCUUGUAUUCCACAGCUAUGGAGUCGAUCUAAUUGAUGUGAGCUUUUUCAACGUAUCAAUAUCAAGCUGCAGGUUUAUAAACAGCUCCAAUGUCGCAGUUGCUAUAGUACAGAAAGAGUCGAGAAUCCGAACAAAAUCUUCCAUCGUCGUUACUGACAGCGAGUUCUUGCACAAUAAAGUGUCCGUCUACGCCAGGUUGUAUCAAGGGUUGUUCACUUUAAGAAUCUCGAGGUGUGUCUUUCAAGGCAGGAAAGGGCGUUUUAAUGGAGCUUCUGGUGAAAAACACACAGAAGCAGCGGUAUACAUUAAGUACCAAGGAUACCGGACGAACACCGCGGUAUUCACAGACGGCUUAGUUACUGACUGUCUUUUUCGAGACCUUGGUCACGAGGACAAUAGCUUUGCAUUAUCAUUUCGGUCUUAUGGCAUCUAUGACACUGGACGUUUAUUAGUAUCUAAUAGUAUCUUCCUACGCAAUGAGAAUGCCAUGUUUGUGGUAGGCGGAUUUCACGUACAGCUACGCCAUGUGACAAUUAAUUCUACUUAUGGUUAUGCUUUAAUGGGCGGUGGUCCUCCAAAAAUAAAUGCCAGGGCUCCUGAUGUAUCGUUAUCCUUGGACCAUUGCCUUCUAUUAAACAAUAGAAUUGGAAUAAGAAUGGCACUUACUAAUUGCCUGAACUUCAGCAUCUGCCCACCAGAUAGCAAAAUAUUAGUGGUGAAUAACAGUCAUUUCGUCGGAGGAAACGAUGCUCAAGCGUUCGGUGACGCGAUCAGAGUAAAAGUGGAAACACACUCACCCUCUUUACAAAGACCUAAUUUUAUCAAAGGCAUAGUAAAACUCGAAAACGUUACUUUUCGGGAAUUUCAUAACAGCGUACUCUAUAUACAAAUGCGAAAGAAUCUAACGGGCCUGAUAUACGUCAAGAACUGCAAGUUUCUGAAUAAUUCUAAUUUUGUUUAUCGCUUGGUAGAACAACACACUGUUGAGAUGGUUUUUGAUGAGGAGGACCCUCCGAAAUGCCUCAAAACGAACCACAACGCCAAAAAUUUGUGGAAUAACAAACCUCAGUUUCCGGUGGUGUUUGAAAACAGCAUAUUCGAGAACAACGUUGCCAUCUCAGGAGCACUGAGUUUCUUCAAUGGAAAUAUCACUUUCAAAAAUUGCACUUUCAAGGACAACGAAGGUUUAACUCUGGGUGGGCAUAUUAAAAUGAAGAUCGGUUACGGUAGACUUAACAUCAUUAACAGCAACUUCCUACAGUCACGUUUGAAUCAACAUUUCAAUGCAGAGCGGAAAUUUUCUUAUGAUGGAUGCUUUUUGUAUUCUGAUAGUGUUGGUCCGCUCAUCAUUAGAAACUCGUCAUUUACAGCAAAUAUGAAUAAGAAGUUCUCCCCGAUCUUAGCUGUCACUAAGAGCAGUUUGAUACGAGUAGAUGCUACCUCUAUGAUUAAGUGUCCGUCUGGCAAGUGGCUCAAAAUGGAUAUCAACAAAAAUACCGAGGUUUUCAAGUUUACGAAAGUAAGCGAAAAGUGUUUGAUGAAAGUCAAUUAUGUCAAACUCUUCUGCGAAGAGUGUUCUUCUGGAUCUUAUAGUCUACAGAGAGGAUUUAUAUCUGGUUUAAAUAACACUAAAGAAAAUAAAUGUCUCAAAUGUCCAUAUGGAGCGUCGUGUAAAAACGGAAUCAUAAAAGCCGAAGAGAACUUCUGGGGCUUGGAAAACAAGUUUUCGAGUCCACCGAAUCUGAAAUUUUUUCACUGUCCUUCUGAAUACUGCGGCAGAUCAAGCCAUUCCACCCACUCUGAUAAUCACAGCUACAACAGCUGUCAUGGAAGAAGGGAAGGUGUUCUUUGUGGCAAGUGUUCUGAUGGGUACAGUGAGGCACUCUAUUCAACUUCGUGUAGAAAGAACGAGAAAUGUAAUAAUAACUGGUUUUGGUUGGCGACUGGGAUUUACGUGGUUGUCUUUGCAGUUUACAUUGUAUUCAAGCCUCCCAUUUUCUCGAAGCUGCUAGAGCACAGUCUCUGGUUUAUGAAUAAACCCGUCCGGAGUGAUCAGCAGAGAACAUGUGAAGAAGAUAAAGAACAGGAUUCUGGGUAUCUAAAAAUCAUCUUUUAUUUUCAUCAAGUAGUAGAACUGGUAAUGAUUAAGUCUCCGGAGAAAACGUUUCAUCUGGUGCCAAUUAUCCCUCCCAUCAUUGCAAUUUUUAACUUCCAGGUCAAAUCAUUGGACGGUAGCAUUGGCUGUCCAUUCCCUGGUCUCACUGCCGUAACCAAGGAACUGUUCAAGUGUAUGAAGUUCCUAGGAACGUUGCUUUCCAUCGGUCUUAUCUAUGCGAUUCAUCGAGCCACCAGUAGCUCCCUGCACACAGCUCCACCAUCAAUGAAACUAUACCUGGCUGUUGCUUUAGAAACACUGUUGCUUGGUUAUGAAAGACUUGCUGAUACAUCCCUUAACCUUAUGCACUGUGUUCCUGUUGAAAAAGAUUGGCGUCUUUUCGUUGAUGCUCACAUUGUGUGUUGGCAGUGGUGGCAGUUCCUGCUGAUCGCGUUCAUAAUGUCUUUUAUCAUCCCCCUCGUCCUGGUUCUCUUCUGGGGAUCACUGAAACUAAGUAAAGACAAAGUGACAGCCAAGGAAUUUUUAAUAGCUUGCGCAUUCCCUUUGCCUUGUCUUCUCAUUUUGUUUUUUCGUAAAUAUAGAAAAAAAGAUGAUCAACAAAUGCUUGACGCUGAAAAAGUGCACAAUGCGGAAGAAAUAAAGCAGGUUCUCCACGGUCCAUUUCGCGCAGGCUCCAGCGAAGAUCAUGGUACCCUAUACUGGGAAAGUGUACUGACUGGACGAAGAUUGAUCUUGUUGGUGAUCCAUACAUUUGCUACUGAUCCCACUAUACGCUUUGUCUGCCUUAGCUGCGUAUGUGUUAUUAUUCUGGUCCAUCACCUUACAAUGAGGCCUUUUCGUGAACGCAAAGCUAACAUUUGUGAAGGCUUUUCUCUGUUGAGCCUAGUUGUUAUUUGCAUGUUCAGUUUGACCGAAGCUACUCUUAUUUCCCAGGGAAUAGAUCCCUCCGGCCCAAGCAAAGACCUCUUCUAUGCUUUACAGUGGAUUGAGAUUGGCCUCCUCAGCUUGGCACCAUUGGCGCUGUGCCUUCUUGUAGUUUUUUGUGCAUUUUCUCAAGUCGCCCGCCUGUUGUACCAUUGCAUCACGUACCUUUCACGUGUCAUUACCCGGAAAUGUUUUAUUCAAGAGUCGUUGAUACCUCGACCACUUGUGGUGGAUUGGGACUCGGAAGACUUUCUAGUCAUUGCCUAGACUCACAUGCUACAGUUUUACAGUUUAUGCUACAGUUGCGCGCGCAUGCUAAGUAACUAACUGAUAGGAGAGAUGGAGUCCAUUUUGAUGGCAGCGUCCAGCUAUGUGCACUAAGCUGCUAUUUAACUUUAUGUUGAUUAGAUCUUUACUUUAGAAAAAUGAAACUCAGCACAAAAAAAGGGACAAUCAGUUAAAUUCCAUUCACAGAGUUCUUCGCCAACCUAUUUUUUUUCAAGAACUUAUCACAUCACACUCAAAAGGAGAAAAAAAUAGUACAAAGUGCAAAAAGUGAUACACAUAAUAUCAGUCUAAGUAAAUAAGCUGAGUGACAUGAUUUAAGUAGUACGUAUCAGUUGACUAACUAAUUAUGUUCUACAGAGACUGGGAAAAAUAGAAAUUCUGAAAGAAUUAUCUGCAGGUGUCGCGAGUAAGAAAUCUUUUUGCUUAAGGCAAUUUUUAAGGUAACCUUCGCCAACCUAUUUACAAAUUAUCAGGCUAGUCAUUUUUCCCUGUAUAUUAAAUGAAGGGGGAUUUUUCAAAUAGUUCAGUUACAUUUUUUUUAAGUCUUAGUCGUGAGAGUUCAAGGCGUGUGUCCUAAAUUCAGAAGGAAGACUGAAGGUGGAAGAAUCUUUGAGGUGACAAGUGCCUUUGAAGAUUGUGGAACAGUGUUCCUGUAAAAUCGGUAAAAAGAACUCAUUCAAUAUAUUUUAAGACUCUCUUCUACAAACGUAUUUUUGCACAAAUAUAAAUAUUGAUUAAUA